AUGAGAGCAGCUGUUUCCAGGGUUCAAAGCUUGGUUUAAGGAGAACCAUAUACAAGUUCACUUUUAGAUUGCAACCACUUCAUCGACUAAUUUGACUACACUAUAAACACUAGAUAUCAAGGUGUGCCUGAAAAGAUGAAGCCCUAUCAAGGCAACAACUAUGAAACAAUCACAUGUGAUUUCCCUGGACCUUGUCCCGACGGGGUAACUAGGCCUGCUUGCACUUGGCUUAGGUUUCUUACAGUCACUUGUGAAAUCUCUGGAGAUGGAGCUUUAAUUACCAUCCUCACCAAUUCAAUGCCAAACCAUUGUUACAGAUCAGAUAGCUAUUAUCCUAAGGGGGACUCAGGAGAGUAUCAAUUUUAUGGAAUGAAUCGAAUUCAGUGGAAUUUAAAACCCCGUGAAAUGGCUAAGGCUGCAAUUAACUAUGAUAACAAAGAUUUUUACUUCACUGACUUGAGAUCUCAAGCUGAUAUUGAUGGAGUACUAUGCAUUGAAAACUGGGCAUAAAAAGAGUUGCUCGACACCAACGUCCACUAUGCAGAGGUAAUCAAAGGGCAAACCUAAACAUCAAAUAAUUGGAAAAUAGACAGUUCUAAUGUAGGACAGUUCAAUUUGUUAGGCUUGCCAAAUAGUGAUGCAGUAGUCGGCAUUGCUCUUAAUGGAGUGUUCUUAUUCUCUGGCACUAGCAAGUACGGCUAUGAUGCUUACUUUCCAAGAGCUUAUGGACUUAAUACAGAUCCUCGAUAAAUAGAAUUCGAUGUGUGUUUAGGCUCAGUCGAGAGUUAUAACACUUAUAGAUAUCAUAUGUAUUCUCCGUGUAUAUAUGAAACUAGCAUCAGGACUAAGGUUAUGAUGUGCAAGGAAGAUGGAGCAUGCUCUUUUGAUUUGAGAACAUAUGCUGCAGCAAAUACUCCAGUUGAAGCUAGAGUUAUUCUACCAAUAGGUCUGGCGAAAGAUGGUCGAGUGAUAUACGGGCCAUACAGGCAAGACAGAUAGCUAUGGCAACCAUGCGAUGUCGACAUUUGCAAUGGAAGAUACUUUGGCACUUAUUAUGGCUACGUUGCUACUAUGUUUCAUCCUUAUAUUUUAGGGUGCUUCGGCCCAAGUAACACUGUCAAAAACUAUUAUCAACAAUGCUCUUCAAACGCUAAAAUCUGUGCUUAUGCUCAAACAAAUUUCUCUUUUUCUUAUAUUACUCUGGCUUUGUUAAGCAUGGUACUAUUCUUCACAAGUAUUUAUUGA